AGAGAGAAAACAAUAACCUACAGCAGGAGAUCUCAGAUCUGACAGAGCAGAUAGGUGAGACUGGUAAAAGCAUUCAUGAGCUGGAAAAGGCCAAGAAGGCUAUUGAGACUGAGAAGUCUGAGAUUCAGACUGCCUUAGAGGAGGCUGAAGGCACCCUGGAGCAUGAGGAAUCUAAGAUCCUUCGUGUCCAACUUGAGCUAAACCAGAAUAACCAACCUAACCGAAGGCAGUCACAAUGCACCCCACGGAUUCGCGCAGCUCACUAGAGCGGAUUUUCGUGGCGUGUUCCGAGCGCGGAUUUGCGGCUGGGAGAGAUUACCACGCACUCACGGCCCAGGGACAGCAGAGAAGGACGAGGAGAUGGAACAGAUCAAGAGGAACAGCCAGAGAGUCAUUGAGUCCAUGCAGAGCACUCUUGACUCUGAGGUCAGGAGCAGGAAUGAUGCCCUGAGAAUCAAGAAAAAGAUGGAGGGAGAUCUUAAUGAGAUGGAGAUUCAUCUGAGCCAUUCCAAUCGCCAGGCUGCUGAGGCCCAGAAACAGCUGAGGAAUGUUCAGGGACAACUCAAGGAUGCCCAACUGCACCUUGAUGAUGCCCUGAGAGGACAGGAAGACAUGAAGGAGCAGGUGGCUAUGGUGGAGCGCAGAAACAGUCUGAUGCAGGCUGAGAUUGAGGAGCUGAGAGCAGCUCUGGAGCAGACAGAGAGAGGCCGCAAAGUGGCUGAACAAGAGCUGGUGGAUGUCAGUGAGCGUGUUGGACUCCUGCACUCUCAGAACACAAGUCUAAUGAACACGAAGAAGAAGCUUGAAGCUGACCUUGUUCAAAUCCAGAGUGAAGUUGAUGACACUGUACAAGAAGCCAGAAACGCAGAAGAGAAGGCCAAGAAGGCCAUCACUGAUGCUGCAAUGAUGGCAGAAGAGCUAAAAAAGGAACAGGACACCAGUGCUCACCUUGAGAGGAUGAAGAAAAAUUUGGAAGUCACAGUGAAGGACCUGCAGCACCGUCUGGAUGAGGCUGAGAAUCUGGCCAUGAAGGGGGAAAGAAACAACUCCAGAAACUGGAGUCAAGAGUCCGUGAGCUUGAGACUGAAGUUGAGGCAGAACAGAGACGUGGAAUUGAUGCUGUUAAAGGUGUUCGCAAAUAUGAGAGGAGAGUGAAGGAGCUCACGUACCAGACUGAGGAGGAUAAGAAGAACAUCACCAGACUGCAAGAUCUGGUUGACAAGCUUCAGCUGAAGGUCAAGUCUUACAAGAGGCAGGCUGAAGAAGCUGAUGAACAAGCCAACACUCACCUGU